AUGGCCAACUUACCUCCUGUUUUCACAAAAUUCCUCUCUCUCCUCUUCAUCCUAAUUCAUCUCGGUUGUUUCAUCAUCUUCCCCACUUCUGAUCACCAUCGCCGUCGUUCCAGAAAACCGACGUCUCCGCUCCCUCUCCUCCGCCCCACCGCCACCAAGCUCAAACCCCGUAAAACCCUUUCCGGUUCAUGGGCUUUCAUCAAACAAAUCUUCUCAUCAAAACCCACUUCGCAAACCGACGGCAACUCAUCCAUUGUUCAUCACGUACCUUCUCCGGCGUCCUCAACUCGGUCCUUACGGAUUUCCACCAUUAACGUCUCCAUGGCUCCGCUUGAAACCACCCUCUUGGAACGAGGUAACCGACCCGGUUCUCUAACCGAAUCCGACUUCUUCCCUCUUCGCAACGACAUCUACCCAUGCCCGAACUGCGGCGAGAUUUUCCAAAAACCCGGAUUGCUGGAACAACACCAAGCCUUCAAACACGCUGUUUCGGAGCUAUUCGAUGACGACCCGGGUAAAAACAUCGUUCGGAUCAUAUUCCAAACGGGUUGGCCCAUUACCGGGAAGAACCCGAUGAUCUACCGGGUCAUGAAGAUCCACAACAGCCCUAAGAUACUUACCCGGUUCGAAGAAUACCGUGAGAUCGUGAAAUCGAAGGCGGCAAGAUACGGCGGAGUACGACGGAGGGACGAACGGUGUAUCGCCGACGGCAACGAGCUACUCCGGUUUCACUGCGCCACAUUCUUGUGUGACCUGGGGCAAAACGGUAAUUCCAGCAUCUGCAGCCACCAGUACUGCAGUGUAUGUGGGAUCAUUCGGGCCGGGUUCUCAUCCAAAAUGGACGGUAUAUCCACAUUAUCAACAAGUUGGAAGGGACACGUGGCACUCCCUGAAGACAUCGAGGAGGAGUUCCGAUUCAUGCACGUGAAGCGAGCCAUGUUGGUCUGCCGGGUCAUAGCGGGUCGGGUCGGAUGUGACCCGGAAAUGGGGGACAAGGAUGACCCGGGAUAUGAUUCCUUGGUCGGGAGGGAAACCGGUGGGACAGAGAGCAAAUUGGACGAUGAAGAUGAGCUGAUUGUUUUUAAUCCAAGGGCUGUGCUUCCUUGCUUUGUGAUCGCGUAUACCGUUUGAUUUUGAUCGUGUGGCUGUGAGGCAUUGCUAGGAGUCGGGAGUAGAAAAGAAAUGAUCAAGUGGAGGAGUGGUAUAUGUUAUAAAAGGUGGGGAACAGGCUUUUACAACAAGAUCCUAAGAAGUUGUAGCUUUUUUGUUUGCACGAUCAAAAAGAUGAUUGCACCCACUAUUAAGUUCACGUAAUUUGUGGUUUGUGGAAUGAUUACUUGUACUUUAAGCUUUAAGACUUGUUUAUUUAUGAGAUUGGGUCUUGAGAAAA